AUGGAGGAACUCCCAACACCUCCUUCUACUCCUGCUCCUAGGUCUUAUGCCACUAACAAGGCUGUGCAGCUCCUCAAUCUCAUUGGGUCUCUUACACCUUCCACAAAGAAACUAGUUCAUGCACUCUCCAGAGACCCACAUGUGCAUGUUCCCUCUCCCUCAAUGGCUUUAACUACCACUUCAGCAGCUAUUCCUGACUCAGAUGCAGUAGUAUUCAAGGCCUCUAAUACCGUCUUUACAAAGACGAAUGACAGGAUGUUCAAUAUCCCACAACCCAUUCUUAACUUGACUAAAGCAAAAUUGCAUGUUCCUCUCACGCUUCUAACCAGUGACACUUUGUGGAGGAUCCAUGCCAACCCUUCUUCCAUCAAAAUGAAGAAAGGACUCGUGUUGAGCGAUCCCAAGCUCGUUGUCAUGGAUGCAAGUGCAGGAUUUCCCGUAGAGACUUCUCUUCCAGCGGAUCAAUACUAUGAAGCCACCAACAACUUUCUGAGACUUAUGGACAAGAUAGCCAACACAGAGACAGUCAAACAUUUCACAGACCAUUGCCAAUUCUGCAUAGAUCUGGAGGACUUCAGCCUCAACUUCGAGGCCGUUCUGAACUUCAACAUAGAAAUAUAUGCAGCUGCUUAUCUUCGCCAUUGGAACAAGAUCAACAUAAAAACCACGCUUGCAGCUAGUAGGCCCAGUGGGUCAGGGUCAAACUCUCAGUUCAAUCUCUACCCACCUCAUAAAGCUGCCAACGACAGUUCGUCAUCUGUUGAUGCGAAGUCCUUUCGGAAGGGCAAAGGGUCAGCUCCUACCGACACGACCCUUUGCAUCAUCUGCGGUCAGCAUGGUCACAGAGCCAGCAGUUGUACCUUCACACACACCAUCAAGAACACCCCAAUCAUCAGCACAUGGAUCGGAAAGCUUCUGCUCAAAACCAAUCAGUCCCCCAUUUGUAUCUUCUUUAACCUCGGUUGA